GGGAGGGGAAGGGGCCGUCAGGGGGGCAGAACCCGGGCUGAGGGUUGAGGUCCUUGUGCCCCUGCCUCCGUCCCGCCCACGCUCCCUGGACUCCCUCCCUGAGUGCACCUCCUGUCAGUCCUGAGCCCCCACCAGCGCUGACACCCUGAUGUCCCACCAGCUGCUCAGACUCCACCCACGGCCCUGGUGUCUGCGCCCAUUCUCUUGCCUUUGGGUUUGGUUCACUCAUGUGCUAUUUAGGGUUUGGGUGUCCUCUUCCUCGGCAAAUUGUUCUGUAACUUCCCGCUGUCCUGUCUUUGAUCACAAAUUGGAUUUGGGGUGAUGUGUAGAUCCUCUGUGCUCUGUGGAAUAGUUCGUGACCUCGGGUUACCAGUUUCAUGGACUGUUCAGUGGCACUCGGGGUGAAGCCUUGCUUCCUCCCACAGUGUGCCUCCCCGUGUGUCCCCCCAUAUGAGUCCCAGGUGCCCCUCCCCAGGCCUCCUGUCCCCUCCCUCUCUGCCCCUCCCCAGUCAGCCGUCCUUAAUGCCCAGCUUGAGGCCAGCAGGACAGGAGCCCGAGGUGGGCACUCGGGGGUGGAAUAGGGAAGCUGAUUCUUGGGCCAGCAAAAGGCAGGUGGGGAAAAGGCCCCCAACCCCAGUCCAGAGCCCUCAGCCCUCCCGUCCAGUCUCACCCCCAGUCCCAGUAUCCGUGAGGUGUCUGGUCUGCUUAUCCCCACAAGCUGUAGGCCUGCCAGAGAGGAGACCUGCCCAGCUGGGACCACCCACUGCUGCAGUGGGGAGCUGGGGUUUAUCGGAGGUCAGCCAGGAUUCAGGUCCCUGCGGGCACUAACUGGGGCAGGGGAAGGGUUCUGAGGACCAAGAUCAGCCUUGGGGAGGGGGACCGCUGAACCUGGGGCCUGGGGGAGGGCGGGCCUGGCUCCAGGGGCAGCGGCUCCCUCUUUCCCUCUCUCCUCUUUCCACAGGGGGCAUCGGAACCAGUGUCAGCAUCCAGGGAUGCGUGCCUCAAGAAGGCUGCAACUUGUUUAAAGGGACUCAGCAUAUCGGGCCCUUGGUAAUGAUUGAGAACUGCAUUCCUAGAGGUUUACUGACCUGUCACCAGGGAAACAUGCAGUGGACUCAUCACAACCUGUCUCAUGAACCUGUCAAAUGGCCCCACAGAGGCAACAGACCUGUGAUAUUGCGGAGGUGUGUCAGGAGACGCUUCUGCUCAUAGAUGUAGGACACACGUCACUCAUCCUGGGGAGCAAAGGCUGCAGCUUGGACCAGAUGGAGCAUGCCCCCACUAUCUCCAUACACUCGGGGCCGCCUGGCAUGCUCAUCGCCUCCUACGCCCAGCUCUGCUCCUCUGACGGUUGCAACAGGGCCAACAGUACCAGCAUCCUGCUGAAUUCCCUCCCCCAUCCAGCUGUGCCUGCCCCAGGAGACCUGCAGUGUCCUGCCUGUGUGGAGGUCUCUGGGACCUGUGCAGAAAAUUCUAAAAAUGUCACGUGUCCUAUGGGCACCACUCAAUGUUACAGUGGCUACAUUCGUCUCAAUGGAGGUGGGGCGUCCUACACAGUGAACGUUCAGGGCUGCAUGACCCAGCCUUCUGGCUCCUUGUUGAACCAUACCUGUGAUAUUGGGGUCUUCUCUGUACAUGAGAGUUCUGAUGGGAAUGAAACUCUCCCCCAAGCCAGAGCUUCCCCUCCCCUCUAUUUGGCUUGGGCUGUUGGCCUUGGUGUAUUUUUAGCCCUUUGGUAUGGGGAACCCUCCGUGUUGAACCUAUUUCCAGAUGAUUCUUAGCCCCUGCCACACCUCUGCACCCAACCCUCCCUUGAACUCAUAACGGGACCAGCCUUGGAUGCUGAAUUAUUUCCCAGUCCUCUCCAUGUAUUAUUAUCCCCACCCACACCCACACACUUUAUGACCUGAUAACCACUUAGGGAGGGGCUUGGGAACAUUGAACUUGCCCUAUGGACAUUCAAGCAGUGGCCACCUGUGUCUGAUAACACACCAUCCUUUCCCCCAACACAGGGUUUCUCUACGUGAGGGGAGGGCAGGGCACCCAGAGAUCUAAGAGUGGGUCAGGUCGCCAGCCUUCCCCUCUGCACUGGCUCUGUCCCCCUUCCUACAAGUCCUACCAAGCCACUUUAAGAAAGAAAAUCACUUCCUGGCUUAUUCUUCCUGCCACCGCCUCCUCCCUUCUCAGUCACGUAUCUUCAGCUGCCUGGAUACAUUUCUUUGCUUCUGUUUUUUCACCUUCCACUCACCCUUCCUUGCCCGCUUUCCAUCGCCCCCUUCUCGAACAUCCCUCUUACCAAAGUCACCAACAUCCUCUUCCAUUGCUACACUUGCCUGGUGCUCCUCAGGCUGGUGUUGCGGCAUUUGACCCAACACUGUACUUUCCUGGCAUCAGCCCCCUAAGGGUAAAUGCAAAUCAAAAAGGAAAGAAAACUUCAUCUUCCCUGGCACAAAAAGGGAAAGAGAUCCCCCUUUAUUUCAGAGCAUUUUCUAUAGAAAAUGUAUCAUUGAACUUCUUUCUCUAUCUCUGAGAGGUGUAUGGAAAUCUUUAAAAAAAUUUAAAUAGCCUCUUGCCAGCUCUGAAAUGUAAUGGCAAGGAAGGUCCCACCCCUGUCUCCCGGGGGGGGGGGGCAGGAGCCUGAGUCAGGCGGGCCCCUCCAAGUUGCAAAACUAUCUGCAUCAAAAUAUGAGAAGUUCAUUUUUCCUUUGGAGAAAGCCAAUUCGCUGACACAGGCGGCCACCCCAUUACCAGGUGAAUUUAGGAUGAAGUACGGGUGACAGAUGGUGCUGUCCAGUCCUCUUACUUGAGGACUAGCUGUUGUUUAUCUUGACAGCGUGUGUGUAAUGGCUUCUGUCUGCCUGGCCACAUAAGGGGUCAGCUUUCUUUCUGUCUUUGUAGUUCUUAGUGGAUCGCCUGUGAUGCUCAUCCCAUUCUGGCUUUAAUGCUCAGUCAGUCAUACAACUGCCUUUGAUUCCCUCUUCUACCUGUGUGGAGGGUUUGGGGGUUGAGAGGCGCCUUUCCUUUUAAUCACAUUCUCCUGGCACCCCCAACCUGGUGAAUUUGGAAGACAUCAUCCUGCCCGUCACUCCUGUUUUCAGCUGCUUCACCAACCUUUAAAUGUGGCUGUUCCCCAGGGUCUGUGCCGGCUCCUUCCUCUCACUGCCCACAAGCCCUCCACUCCCCGUUCAUGACUUCUCUUCCAUAAGCACGUGCCUCUCAAGUCUCCAGCUCUUAGCAGGACCUGGCUCCUGAGCUCCAGGCCUGGAUGUCCCGCUCCCUGUUGGACAUCGCCACCUGGAGGGCCCAGGGGAAAUUCUCAUGAUGGGCACAGUUCGUGUUCUAGCUGCCCAGCACGUAAAGGACUCUGCUGUAUUUGGGGAGUUUUCUACCUCUCCAAGGUAAAAGCCAGAAAAUAUUAAAAAAGAAUGGACUUGGUCGCUAAAGGGGAGAGGUGGGGGAGGACGGGUGGGAAGGGAGGGAGAAGGGGAUUGUGGGGUAUCAUGAUUGGUGCACAUGGUGUGUAUGGGGUCAUGGGGAAGACAGCAUAGCACAGAGAAGACAAAUAGGGACUUUGACAUCUUCCUACACUGAUGGACAGUGACUGAAAUGGGGUAGGGGGGGACUUGAUAGUAAGGGUGAAUGUAAUAACCAUGUUAUUUUUCUUGUGAAACCUUCAUAAGAGUGUAUGUCAAUGAUACCUUAAUAAAAAUAAAUUAAAAAAAGAAAGAACAGA